AUGAGAGCGGGUAAUAUUAAAUUAGAACAACUUAAUAAAGAGUUAGAAACCGUAGAUGAAUUUAGUGUUCACCCAGGAGAAGUUUCUAGUUUUGUUUGGUCGCGAAAAGGUUGCCCGAAAGCUGUUCCUCGCAAAGGUCGCAGUGCUAAUUACACCUUAAUUCUUUGUGUUCGCAAUGUAAAAAAGAAAGCAGUAGUUAGUUAUAGGUUGUUCGAGAAUGAGAAGAAGAAAAUUAAAGAUGCGAAGACUGGGAAAGUGAGUAUUAAAAAAGGAACUGAUGCCAUAGAUUUUUAUAACUUUCUGAAAAAUAUUGAAUUACCCACUAAUGAGCAGUAUUAUCUUUUGUUGGAUAAUUCUAAAAUUCAUAAAACUACUAAAGAGUUAGAGGAGCUAGGUUUAAGCAUGGAAGAACUAGCGAGGCAGAAAAAUAUUACUCUUGUUUACUUGCCUAGAUAUACUCCUGAAUUAAACCCAAUUGAAUUGUGUUUCAAUACUGUUCGAUAUUUUACUAAGAAUUUACCAACUGAUAAUGAAGGGGAGUUAGAAGAAUCAAUUGAUAAAAUUAUAGAUAUGAUUAACCAAAAGGAUUUAACUAAGUAUCUUCGCCAUUGUCAAGAGUUUUUUUCUUUUGAUGAAAGCGGAAAUUAA